UCUUUUCUUCUUUCUUUCUUGUUCUUUCUUGUUUUUAUCUGGCAAUUAUGGAGGAUACCGUUAAAUCAGUAACAGUACCAUCCCCUUCUGAAGUGCUUUACGAAGCAAUACAACAAAAAACACAUAGAUCUGCUUUCUCUCGAGUCAUCGGCUUUGUUCCAAGGACUUUGCUUCGAUUUGUAAGUUUCACUACGAUAUCUAUCCCUUUGUUUUUUUACCGAGUCUUGACCUGGUCUUUUACUCUUCACCUUAAUUUUUCAUCUCUCUUGGUUAUCCUGGCAGUAAUUGCGACGAUUGCUUAUUUGAUUGUGCGCUAUCGAUUUUUGACAAAAUACUCUCGUCUUAAACCAAUCACCAAACCACCCAAGGUAGCUUCGUCAUUUGAUUUACACCCAGACACUGAAGAGGAUUAUGGAGAUUUUAGCAAACCAGGAGGCUACAAGAAUUAUCCUGAUGAAUUCUUGUCAGCAUUUUUGUCGUCCAUCAAAAUAUUUGGUUACCUCGAGCAGCCCGUGUUUCAUGAACUUGCUCGUCAUUUGCAGACAAAGAAAAUGUUAGCCGGCGACACUCUUUUUAGAAACCCGGAACAAGAGCGUUCGUUUUACAUUGUUGUCGAUGGGCACGUGCAAAUGUUUGUGAAGCCUGAAAAUGCCAACGAUGAGGACGACGAGGAUGAAACAGAUAGUGAUUUGGAGCAGGACUAUCAUUAUCAGUCAUGGCGUACACCAUCAGAGUAUCUUGACGGAGAAAAGGACAGAAAGAGAGAUAAAUUCAAGAAUUACACUUUGAUCAACGAAGUUAGUGCAGGUGGCACUCUUUCGAGUUUGUUUACUAUUUUGUCUAUUUUUAGAGAAAGCUUUAGUCGUUCUGAAGCCAAAGAAAGACAGAGACAAAAAUCAACGCAAGGCCAACGAUCUCAUUUGUCCCGCCUGGCACCUUUGCUGAUGGAUCCUAUGGCUGGAUCAAACAUAGAUGAAUGGCGUCAAGUCUUUCCUGGCUUAGAAGACUCGGGUGCUCCCAGUGGUGUUACUUCUCGACCCGAAUCUGACAACAGUAAUCCUCAAAAACCAAUGAAAGCUACCACUUUAUCUCAAUUAGCAAGCGACUUGGAAGACAACUAUUUUACAGGUGAACAUGAUACACAGGAAUCGUAUGAAACAAACAACGAGAUUGCUAUGCCUGCACCAUUGCGCAAAUUGUCUACAUCCUCAGGUAUCUCAAAACAACGUACAAAACAUGAUAGUUUGCGACGAUCUUAUAGAUCUGUUCAUCCCAAUAUUAUUGCCCGUGCUACAGUAGAUACCACUUUAGCUGUCAUUCCAGAAGAAGCUUUUCACAAACUAACUCAAAAGUUUCCUAAGGCAGCUGCUCAUAUUGUUCAAGUUAUCAUGACUCGAUUUCAGCGAGUUACUCUCAUGACAAGUCAUCGUUACCUAGGGCUUACAAAGGAACUGUUGCGCUUGGAAAAGUUGGUUAAUGAAUCAGCCAGUAAUUUGCAUGAAUUACCUCCUGAUUUCUUUGUGCCUGGAGGCAUGGACCGUUUGCGACGCAAGUUUAAUGACGAAGAAAUUUCUUCUCAAGAUGGAGACAGUAGUUUAGGCCCUUCUGAAAUCAGUCGAAGUGAAAACUCUGGCAUUAUACGUGCUAUUGGUAUCAUUGAUAUUCCUGGCACUCCUUCUUUGCAUGGUAAUAGUCCUUCUAGUGUUAACUCUGGUAAUUCGCCUACUUCUGCCACAAAAUCUGGAUCUCCACAUUUGAUGCGUCAAAAAAUGAACAGAAGAGGGGAAUAUAGUAUGGAAGACGAUGAACAUUUAAGAACAUCCGUCAUGCAAUGUGUGUCUGCAGCAUUAGGUAUCAAGCACAAAUUACCUGAUGCCAAUGAGAGUACGCCUCAAGGCACACAAUCGCCUCGUUCCUUGACCAUGUCACCUCGCAAUCCUCGCCGCUUUCCUCAUUAUCCUAUGGAUUUGUUCUCGCAUACAGGUACAGUCGACACAAGCAAUUCGCCUUCAUUAGACGCCUUGGAUAGUCUUUAUUAUGAUGAUGAUCUUGAUGCUCGCUCAACUACAUCUUCUGUUCAUUCUGGAAACACAAACUCUGAUAUCUUUAGUAACCACAAAAGCUCUGCACCCAUUUCACCCGAUGACGUUCAGAUCCUGUAUUUCCCUAAAGAUGCUGUGCUUGUACGUGAAGGUGCUCACAACAAUGGCUUGUUUUUUGUUAUCGAUGGUCUUUUAGAAGCCUCUAUGACACCUGCCACUGGCGAAGAUGUCCUGAACAAUGUUGGAUCAAGAGAAUCUACCAAGAAAAAGUCAAAGAGCCGUGCUAAUCGUCGCAAGUCUCGAGUCAUUGAUCCUGAUCUCACCUUAUCUCCUUCUUCUUCUACUUCUUCCAUCUCUGGUCAACAACAAUCAGUACAGCAAAAACAUUCUGGUGUCAAUUUUAUGACCUAUAGCACACAUCAUGGUAAAGAAGACAAAGUAGUUGCAUCUGAAGCCCCCGCCGGUCACUCAAAUGAAAAGGACAACAAUGAAGAAGGACAUGAGAAAAUCAAGAAACCUUUAUAUAUCAUUAAACCUGGAGGUUUAGCUGGCUACCUUGAUGCUUUGACGGGCUUCCCUAGCUUUGUUGAGAUUCGAGCCAAGACAGAUACUUAUGUGGGCUAUGUCUCCAAGAAACGUCUGGAUCGCAUCAUUGAUAAAAACCCUGCAGUCAUGCUUAAGCUUGCCAAUGAACUUGUGGGUCAUGUCAGUCCAUUAAUUUUACACAUCGAUAUUGCUCUGGAAUGGAUGCAAGUGAGUGCUGGUCAAAUUAUUUGCAAAGAAGGCGAACCCAGAGAUGAUGUCUACAUGGUUCUGCAUGGUCGUCUGAGAACAAUUCAUGAAAAGAAGGAUGGUCAAAUUGAAAUCCUUGGUGAAUUUGGUCAUGGUGAUACUGUGGGCGAAUUAGAAGUAUUAACUGGCGCUUCCACUGCUGCUACACUCCAUGCUAUUCGUGAUACCGAACUUGCUCGUAUGCCCAAGACAUUAUUCAAUGCUUUGGCAAUGCGUCAUCCUGAAAUCACACUUCAGAUUUCUCGCAUGGUUGCUUUCCGUUCUCUUCAAUUGGUGACACGCUCAAACUCUUCCAAUGGUGGAGGCCAAGGUCCCAAGCUCUUGCAACUCAAGUCAACAGCGGAUGCUACGGCUGCUAUUUCUUCCAUUGCUGAUGGCAACAUGAACCGCUACCCAGAGCUUUACGGUCGCAACAAUGUCAACCUCAAGACUGUCGGUAUUAUUCCUGUGAAUUCUUCUGUCCCCGUUACAGAAUUCGCCGAAAGUUUGAAGACGGAAUUGAUUCAUUCCGUGGGUGCCACCUGUGCUUUGUUAAACAGUGCUACUGUCACUACAAUGAUGGGCAAAUAUGCAUUUUCUCGCUUGGGUAAACUCAAGAUGGCCUCCUGGCUUGCAGAGCAAGAAGAAAAGUAUCGUAUUGUUUUAUAUUUAGCUGAUAGUGGUGUUACUUCUCAAUGGACACGUACUUGUAUUCGUCAAUCGGAUUGUAUUUUGUUAGUUGGCCUUGGUGAUGGCGAUCCAUCUGUUGGGGAAUAUGAACGAUUUUUGAUCAACAUGAAGACAACUGCCAGAAAAGAACUGGUCUUGUUGCAUGGCGAGCGUUCUUGUACUUCAGGAACAACGCAAAACUGGCUCAAGAACCGUCUUUGGAUUCAAGCACAUCAUCACGUUUAUAUGCCCAUGAGACAACACGCAGCAUUGACAGUAACUGAAAGAUUUAGACCCCCAUGGUUAGCUGAACAAGGUCGAAAGAUGACUGCAGGAUCGAUUAACAUGCUGGCCAAUGUCAAGGACCAAAUCAAAGAAUACUACUCUGCUGUACCCAACUUUGGUCGCUUGCUCGAUGUGAAGAAAUCAACCACUAAUUCAAUCAAUGCUAUACACUCUCCUUCUCGCAACGAUUUCGCUCGAUUAGCUCGACGACUUUGUGGCAAAUCAGUUGCAUUAGUGCUUGGUGGUGGUGGCGCUCGAGGUAUAGGUCAUGUUGGUGUAAUCCAGGCUAUUGAAGAAGCAGGAAUUCCUAUUGAUAUUAUCGGUGGCACAAGUAUUGGUAGUUUUGUAGGUGGCCUUUAUGCCAAGAAUAUGGAUUUGGUGUCUGUUAUUGCUAGAAGCAGAAUGUUUGCAGGUCGUGUGUCGAGUAUUUGGAGGCAGAUCAUGGACUUGACCUACCCAGUCACUGCUUGGUUUACAGGUCAUGAGUUUAACCGUGCUGUUUGGAAAUGUGUGGGCGACAGUCAGAUCGAAGACUAUUGGUUACCUUAUUUUGCUGUUACCACUAACAUCACUUUCUCUCGUAUGGAAGUACAUACCACUGGCUAUGCAUGGCGUUACAUUCGUGCUUCCAUGUCACUCUCUGUGGAUGGUGGGUAUAUGGACAAUUUGCCUGUGUCUGUUGCUAAGAGUAUGGGCGCGGAUAUCAUCAUUGCUGUCGAUGUGGCUUCUGAAGACGACACAAGUCCUGUCCAUUAUGGUGAUUCAAUUAGUGGUUGGUGGGCUCUUUUGCAUGGUUUCAAUCCUUUUAGAACAUACAAUGUGCCAAGUAUUGCAGAUAUUCAAAGUCGACUUGCCUAUGUGAGUAGUGUUGCUAAACUUGAAGAAGCCAAGAUCACAGAUGGUUCGUUGUAUUUGAAGCUACCUGUUCAACAAUGGGGCACACUUGAAUUUGCAAAAUACAAUGAUAUCUUCCAAACUGGCUAUGAAGUUGGUAAAGAAAUUGUCGGUCGUUGGAAAAAAGCCGGGUAUGCUACUGGUAGAAUUAGCGACGCUGAUAAUAGUUCGCAAUUGGCAGGAAAGGAAGUGAAAGGAAAGAGAGGCAGAAGAAAUAGUGUAUAAUUAGAUGAAUAAAAAUACUUUUCAACUAAUUGCUCUUAUCUCUGCUUGUACUUAUUCAAAAAAGUCUAUGCGAAA